GCCAGUUGCAGGGUUGAACGGGGACUGGAACUUCCGUCCCGCUCCUUCCACCGUGCAGUAUGUAAAUGAACAGCUAGAUUCGAGUCCAGUAGCACCGCUGUGAAUAGAGUUUCUUUGUAAUUUGCUUUUUAACAAUAAUUAAUCAUUCAUAAUUUUAAACUAAAGUAGACUUAAAGAUGUCUAUUUGUGACUGAGGAAAGAAAUAGCAAUAAGGGGGCGGGGAAGUCAGCAGCUCAUUAAUAGUAAUGAGGAGGUGGAGAAGGCGAGGCUGACCGGCAGGCAACUGUGUUCCUUCCCCGGUAUGGCGGCGGCUCCCCUCUUGGCGUGGCGAUGGGGCUCUGUAGGAAGAGGAUUUCCUUUUGUAGCUCGAACUUUCCAAUAUAUGCGACAGCUGCACACUAUAUACCAGACAGUAGAAUUGCCAGAGACUCACCAGAUGCUCCGCCAGACAUGCCAGGACUUUGCUGAAAAAGAGCUGGCUCCCAUUGCUGCUGAGCUGGACAAGGAGCACCGCUUUCCUACUGAUCAGAUCAAGAAAAUGGGGAGCCUUGGACUACUGGGCAUAGAUGUGCCAGAGAAAUACAUGGGAGCAGGACUUGAUUACCUAGCAUAUUCCAUUGCCAUGGAAGAGAUCAGUCGGGGCUGCGCAUCUACAGGUGUCAUCAUGAGUGUCAAUAAUUCCCUCUAUUUAGGACCAAUUCUGAAGUUUGGGUCUGAAGAGCAGAAACAAAAGUGGAUUGCUCCAUUCACCAGUGGAGACAGAGUGGGUUGCUUUGCCCUCAGUGAACCAGGAAAUGGCAGUGAUGCAGGAGCCGCUUCAACAGUUGCCCAGCUUGUUGGUGAUGAGUGGGUCUUAAACGGCACCAAAGCCUGGAUCACCAAUGCCUGGGAUGCCAGCGCAGCUGUGGUGUUUGCAACCUCAGAAAAAUCCCUGAAACACAAGGGUAUUAGUGCCUUCCUUGUUCCAAUGCCAACCUCAGGCUUGUCUCUGGGCAAGAAAGAAGACAAACUAGGAAUCAGAGCAUCGUCCACUGCCAACCUCAUUUUUGAGGACUGUCAUAUUCCCAAGGACAACAUGCUGGGGGAGAUGGGAAUGGGCUUCAAAAUUGCCAUGCAAACCUUGGACAAUGGCAGGAUUGGAAUUGCCUCACAAGCCUUGGGAAUAGCCCAGGCAGCUCUAGACUGUGCUGUGGAUUACGCAGAGAAGAGGAUGGCCUUUGGUGCUCCUAUCACUAAGUUUCAAGCCAUUCAGUUCAAGUUGGCUGACAUGGCAGUGGCGCUUGAGAGUGCUCGUCUGCUGACCUGGAGAGCAGCUAUGUUGAAGGACAAUGGAAAGCCAUACUCCAAGGAAGCUGCAAUGGCCAAGCUGGCUGCUUCUGAGGCUGCAACUGCCAUUUCCCAUCAGGCUAUCCAGAUACUGGGAGGGAUGGGCUACGUGACAGAAAUGCCAGCAGAACGGCACUAUCGUGAUGCUCGGAUCACUGAGAUCUACGAGGGAACCAGCGAGAUACAGAGGCUGGUGAUUGCAGGGCAGUUGCUGAAAGAGUACAGAGGUUGACAUUGCAGGGCUGGAAUAGGGGGAGACUUGCAUGUUAAGUGCCUCUUGGUAGGAGACUGUCCUUUGAGCAAAAAACUUUGUCAGCUGGGGGCCAGAUGGCAAGCCCUCUCCUUUGGUCAUUGACCUUUUAUGGGACUAUGCAAAAACUGAUCAGCCCAACUGCUUGUGAAAUUUUUGAUUGUUCUGAAAUGGUAGGACAUAAUACCUGUUAGGCUAACAGUGGCUAAUCAAAGUGCCAUGAGCCUUUUGAGAAAGGGCCAAGCUCACUGGGUGAGUCUGUUUGGCUUGAUGGUCAAGCUGCCUGUUACAGAAAUGCACAAUAUAUACUAGGAUGACAGUUUUGUACAGCAGGAGAACAUAUCUCUAGGAAAAACCAGGAAAAGUGACUUGCUCAUGUCAGAUGAUGGUCUGAUUCUCCUUGCACUAUACCUUCUGGUUGUAUUGAAUGAAUUUCUGACUACUUAACAGA